AGGGGCACUCUGAUGGGCACACUGACUGUUAAAGGGUUGUGUUGAUGGGCACAGUUAAUGUUAAGGUGCACUCUGAUGGACACAACUGUGGAAAGGAGCACUCUGAUGGGCACGUGAUGGAAAGGGGCACUCUAAUGGGGAAAUAUGAUGGAAAGGGGUACUUUGAGUGUAAGGGGGCACUCUGAUGGGAAUACCUGAUGUAAGGUGGCACUGUGAUGGGGAUAUCUGAUGUAAAGGGGCACUCUGAUGGGGACAACUGACGUAAAGGAGCACUCUGA